AUGGCAGUUUACGAUACGCUGGUUCUCUGGAGCGUCACGUUCGUCCUGGCAGGUGCUCAAGGUCCACGUGUGAUAUACCCGUUUACAAGCACGUGUGCAGUACAAGGAUCCACCGUCACCCUCCCCUGCAGCUUCACACCUAGAGAGUCUUUCUAUAAAGACGGAAGAGAAAUUCGACUGCAGAUCGUUAGAGUCCUCUGGUGUCAGAACCAUCUGAUCUGUCACGGUCCCACCCCGUCUGUGUUUGACAGUAAUUCACCAAACAAAAACUCUCGUUAUCAAUACCUGGGAGACAUGAAGGGAAACUGCACUUUACAGAUCAGAAACAUUCAGUGGAUAGACGGCUUAAGACCAGCCGGGUCGACACAAGAAGGCUCAACGUUUCGCUUCAGGAUGGAAGCUGAUGAUCCUCUAGGACAUUUCACUAACACGACCGGAGUGACGGUUAAAGUUGUUGCUUGGAUUAAACUGAAAAUAGAAGCCUCCAGUAACAAGUCCAGACGAGGUCAAACAGUCUCCCUGCAGUGCACCUAUUCUUUAUGCACCUUCCAAGACCUAGAGGUCGACUGGUUCAGAGAUGGACACGCCCUCCCACAGUCUGGACACGCCCUCCAGCUCGGCCCUCUGACCGCAGGGGAUUCUGGGAACUACACCUGCGUUCUGAGGAAAGACGUGAACACACAGUCUAACUCGUUCAGCCUGCAGGUGGAGGACGGAGAUGGAGACGGAGAUGGAGACGGAGACGGAGACGGAGACGGAGACGGUGCUGAUGGUGGUUAG